AGGCGGCAGGCGCAGCCGAUCUGCUGGAAGAGAAAGAAUGGACUGCACCACUUCAGACUGCACGGGGGGCGACGGGAUCUUUUGGAAGUUUCCCCCCUUCAUAAAAAACUUCCCUGCAAACAGAAAACCGGCCUAGCGGGGUUAGAACGUUUCUGCUUCUGUGCUGGUUUGUUAUUAUUACUAUUGCUAGGGAAAUGUGGCAUGUUUUGUUUGAAAGCGUGUACUGUGAUACCCCCCCAACCCCUUUCCCGCCGCCUGAAGUUUAAUCCGCUUGGGGUUUUUUUGCAUUCGCGCGUGCAGACGCGAGGCAAGGAGCGAAGGCGCCUGGCGACUUUUCUUUAGGUCUGGCGCAGGUUCCAUAAGACGCGAUGCUUAUUAACUGCAUAGAACUUUCUUUGGGCCCGGCCCGGCCCUGUCGUGUUUCUCGCCGCCGCCUCACCUUUCCCUCUCUCUCCCUCUUUCAGGGAGUGAGGAGAAAGAAAGGGCGGGGGGGUGGAGCGGCGGUUUAGGAAAGUAGGAAAUGCUACUGAAGGGGAAAUUGGCGGAAAGGGAACUUCUGGAGGUUUGGCUAAAGGGGACGGUGGGGGGGAGGCAAUGGCAGAACCAAAAGGCGGGAACCUGAGGUAAUUUAGGCGGGAAACGGGACGGCCUUGAGGGAGGGCGAUCAAGUCACGCGGCUGGUUUAGUUGUUAGAGCGCCAGGCUGGGGGUGAAGAGAGGCCGCGGUUCGAAUUACCGCCCCCAACCAUGAAACUAACGGGGAGGGGUGAUUUUGAGCCACUCCCCCCCCGCCCCACCUCAUAGGUCUCUCCCCAGGGAAGUUCGCCUGGCACCUUCAUUGUACACCUUUAGGCGCCAGCCAAAAACGUUCCUUUUUAACCAGGCCUUUGGUUGAUCUUAAUGACAUCCUGUGCCCUUUUAAAAUGUUUGUGUGUGGGGGUAUUGGGUUGCAGUUUUUAUUUUUAUUAAGUAUUUUGUGGUUUUAUAUAUUGAUUUUAUUCUGUGAACCGCCCUGAGACCCCUGGGUAUAGGGCAGUAUAUAAAUAAAUAAUAGGACUGGUUGGUUGGAUGGUUUGUCUUUAUUUAAAGAUUUCCGUGGAUAACAAAGGUGUAUGUAUAACGUCUCUGUUUUCAGUUCAUGGAGACUUAUCUGCAGGUCAGUUACAUUUGGUGUUUUCAGUUCAUAGAGUCAGUUACAUUUUGUGUGAGACAUGGCUAUCAUAGGCAUUGUGAGGUUGAGGGGCAGAUUUCCUUCUUUUGUAUAGUGGGGUUUUUUGUGUCAGCGUCACAUGGACAGGUUCUCCACCUAUCCAUUUGUUGGUGGUGAGAGAGAUUGGAGAGCCUAGGGCAUGGUUUUAUUCAUUCAUUUGAUUGAUUGAUUGAUUGAUUGAUUGAUAUACUGCCCUGUACCCGGAGGUCGCGGGUGGUGCUGUGGGUUAAAUCACAGAGCCUAGGACUUGUCGAUCAGAAGGUCGGCAGUUCGAAUCCCCGCGACGGGGUGAGCUCCUGCUGCUCUGUCCCCGCUCCUGCCAACCUAGCAGUUCAAAAGCACGUCAAAGUGCAAGUAGAUAAAUAGGUACCGCUCCGGCGGGAAGGUAAACGGCGUUUCCGUGUGCUGCUCUGGUUCGCCAGAAGUGGCUUAGUCAUGCUGGCCACAUGACCCGGAAGCUGUACGCUGGCUCCCUCGGCCAAUAAAGUGAGAUGAGCGCCGCAACCCCAGAGUCGGCCACGACUGGACCUAAUGUUCAGGGGUCCCUUUACCUUUACCUUUUACCCGGAGGUCUCAGGGCGGUUCACAGAACAAAAUCAAAAUAUAAAACCACAGAAUAUAUAAUCAAAAUAAAAACAAUAACCCUGAAGGUUGGUUGCCUUCGGUUGAUUGCAGUGAGUUUGGUUGGGGGCGGGGUUGCAGGGCUGUUGUGACUGCGGGGGGGGGGGGUAGAGUGGGAGGAGAACCCUAUGUGCCAUGCAUGCACUUUGAAUAAACAAAAAGCCUUGGGCUUGAAGGGAAGGUGGAGCAGAAAAGUUUGGUAAGUGAAGAAAAGCAGAAAGAGGUUGUUGGUUGUCCUCUUGUGGCUGAAUGAAGCAGCCUUUGAGGCUGCAGUUCUAAAACACACCCAGGUGUGUAAGCGUCAUUGUACAAAGCAGAUUGUACUAUUGGGAGCUAGAACAAGGUGUUCCAAAAUGGAAGGGGGAGGAACGGGAAGGGGGACAAGCAGUAUGCUGUCCAACGACAGUAGUAUUCUUAGAUUAUUGAAUCCCUAAUUGUUUAUCUUUAACUGGGGUUUUCUUUCUCCAGUAGCCCAACCACACCUUGAACUUGGUACAAGUAAUAAUUGGUUAGAAACCAUGUACAAAAUCUUAGAAUUCAACAAAUACAUAAUAGAUCUAACAGUGAGUCACACCUCAAAUGAUGUUGAAACAUGGAGAAAGGCUUCCUCUAGAACGGGGUUUUUGUGUGUGUGUGUGUGUGUGUGUGUGUGUGUGUGACAUUUUCAGGCUCAAGGGUCACAUUUGCCCUUGGCCAACCCCCUGGGGGAUGCAUGUCAGCAAUAUGUGUGGCCAUCUUGCACUUUCACAUUCUCACACAUACAGGGAGACAAUGAACAAGCUGUCUCCCCUCCCCAGCUGGUCUGUGCAGGUCAACUGAGGGGGAGGGGGUCACAUCUGCAUUCAUCAAAUGAUCAGGGAGAAGAUGAUUUACGUCCCCAUCAAGGCGUUCAGUUCCACCCACCCCAGCACUAUCUGCUUUAGUUUCCUUUCUCCUGCCUCUGCCAAAACUAGUGGGAGCUUGGGGUUGGGGUUCAGAAUACCGGUAAUUUGUUUGGGGGGACUGGAUCAGACCCAUGCUGUAAAAAUGUAAGAGGAGAUGACCACUUAGAUAUCCUGAUUCCACAACAUAUGUGAUUUAAAUGUAAAAACAAGUUAUUUGAAUUGGGCCUAGAAACAAAUUGGGAGCCAAAGAACUUCAUAUAGCACAGCUGGUCUAGCAGAAUUAUUUUAAACUUUAAUAGCUCAUUCAAAAAUUAUUAAUGGAGACGUUUUACAAUAAUUAUUCACUGUAGCUUACGUAGACAAAUGAGGUUUAACUUCAAAAUGUGUGACAGCUUUGUAAAAAUAUUCUGCAGACGUAUUGAAUUCUGACUUCUCAAUAGCAGAUACAAGAUAAAAUACCGUAGUAUCUUAGUAUCUUAUUUUCCCUAUAUUAAAUUCAUACUGUGUUUUAUGUGGUGAAUUAAACAAAAAAAUAUAUUUUAUGGCAGUUAUUCUGAUUAUGGCACCAUCAGGAAGAAAAUCUGCAGCAAAAGCUGCUAAAUUGGCACAGGAAGAUCCAAUUGUUCAUGCCUACGACUUUGAAGAACAUACAAAAAAACAUCUGAGUGGCUCUGAAGAGGAUGUUAGAGAAGGUGUAGUAAUCAGUACAAAAUGUUACACGCAUUUUGUUUUGUUGCACUCCUAAUACAAAUAGGAUAAGUCAUCCUUUUUCUCACAAUAGUAUAAGGGGGGCACCCCCCAGCUUCUAUCAAAUAGGACUGCUGAAUAACCUGACUUUUGGCAUUUGCCUAAGGCUGUCUUCGCAAAAGCAAAUUUCUUUGUGUAAUGGAAGAAGUUUACUCCUCAUUAGGUGACCAUGCAAUUGGCAGAGAAGGAUUCAAACCUGCUGCUUCAUUCAGCAGGUGAAGUUCUUUCUUGAAAGUGGAUUCCACUUGAGGGAUUGGGAGGAGAUAGUCUGGCAUUCUCAGCAGUCAUAGAGAAUGGAACAUAAUGUAGCUUCUCAGCUCUUUGUUGGAGCCAAGCAUUCAGAGCAUAUUACACUUUUGUACCAGUUGCUCUGAUUUCCAGUGCAAUCCUAGGGCCGAUUUAAAGUGCUGGUGUUGAGCUUAAAAAACUCUGAAUGGCUUAGGUAGGGUUGCCUAAAACUAGAAUGGGAAAAAGGUAGAUCAGGAUCUACUGGCAGAUCUCGAUGAUUGAUAAGAAUUUCUGAUUCCCAAUUGUUUAAUGGUUAGCAUAUUGGAUUAGGACCUCAGAGACAAGGGUUCAGCCACCAACCUCACUUGGGAGGCCUUGGGCAAGUCUUUCAGCCUAACAGAGUUGUUGUAAAGUUAAAAUGGUAAUUGGGAAAACGAUUUGAGGUCAUUGGAAAAAAGCUACAUAUAAAUGUAAUAAUAAAAUUAAACGAACAACAAACUGAGAACUCCCCCCCCCACUCCAAUAUACUGUUGAAAUGAAGAAAGUGUGUGUAAAAAGGUAAAGGUACCCCUGACCGUUAGGUCCAGUCGUGGACGAGGGAGCCGGUGUUUGUCCACACACAGCGUCUGGGACAUGUGGCCAGCAUGACUAAGCUGCUUCUGGCAAACUAGAGCAGCGCACGGAAAUGCCGUUUACCUUCCCGCCAGAGUGGUACCUAUUUAUCUACUUUCACUUGAUGUGCUUUAGGCAGGGGUUAACAAGGAGGGUAUUCUUUGUGGGGAAGCACCAUGAAUUUGGUUAAUUUCUGGUACUCAAAACAAAUUCCUGAAUGCAGAUGAACAUAAGAAUAGCCUGCCAGAUCAGGUCAAUGGUCCAUUUAGUCCAGCACUGUAUUCUCUCCGGUGGCCAACUUAGAUGCCUGUGGGUAACUUGCAAGCAGGACUUGAGCUCAAGAGCACUCUCCCAUCCUGUGAUUUCCAGCAACUGGUAUUCAGAAGCAUUGCUGUCUCCCUUUUCAGUAUAUGUCUUUGCACCAAGCUCUGGUUGGUGGAUCUUGGAAUACUAGUAAAGAAACAAAGCCUGAGAUCUGCUUGGAUCCAUAGCAACUUGCUUGUACCUAAAGAUCUGCCUCUGAAGCUCUACUUAGGUGCCUAUUUAUAAUGGAAAUAAGAUUGGCAGGCAGACAGACAAGGGUAUUCUUGCUCAUGGCCCCCAGAUGUGGAAGGUCAUUUCAUGGGACAUCACACAGAGCCCAUCCCUUCCAGGUUUUAAACAGGCCAUUUUUACUGUGGCCUUUAUCAGUUAAUUUGAGCUGAGUGCAAAACUAGUAUUUUCACCUAAUUUUGAUAAUUUUAUAUUAUGCUGGGGUAGUGAUGGUCCUCAUGAUUUUUAGUUCUCACAUAUUGUUUUGAGAUUUUUGUGGUGUUUUAUAUGGUUUUAAAUGAUAUUUUAUGUAACUUGUAAAUUGCUUUUUGAAGAAUUUUCAUUUAAAAGUGGUAUAUGGAAUUUAAAACUUUUUAAUGUGAUACAAGUAAUUGGUAAACUGCACCUUCUAUUUCCCUCCCAUAAAGAUGAAACUCCAAUAAUUGAUAAACAUGGGAAAAAAAGACCUUCACUGACUCCUCGUCCUGUAGUUGAAGAUGAAGUUGGGUAAAUAGUUUAAUAUUUAUUUUUUGCCAUGUAAUGUUAAAUAAUUUUUUACAGUUAUAAAGUAUCAGUUAUGUUUCCAGUGCCUCUUUGUUACGAUUAUUGUAGCCAGAAAUAUAUAUUACUUUUACGUUGUUAAGUCUGGCUACAAUCUAGAUCUGUUUUAAAAAAACACAACACCUUUACAUAGGAACGUAACUAAAAAUUUGUUGGCUGUAGAUCAGAGCUGGAUAACCUGUGGCCCUUUAGAUGUUGUUGGACCAGGUCCUACCAGCCUCAGCCAGCAUGGCAAAUAGUCAGGGAUAAUGGGAAUUGUACGCCUACAACAUCUGAAGUGGUUAGAUACUGGUGUGGAUCCAAAGCUUCUCUUCUUCCAAAAGUAUGGUAAGUAGCUUACUCUGAUAUAAGGUGCUUACCCUGUUGGAGGAAACCUCUUCCAUUGGAGGAAGAGAACCUUUGAAUCUAGCCCACUUUAAUUAAUUAAGGAUAAUUCAGUUGCCCUCUUCUCAAAAAUUAUUACAGAAUAGAGAGGCACCGGAGUUCUGAAGUUAACAGAGACUACUAGGGAGCAAGUCCCAAUGAACGUUGUGGAAUUUCUGAGUAGACAUGGAAAGGAUUGCACUGUUCUUCAUACAUUAAGUCACAUCCAAACCACCAUCAAAUCCCCAAUAGAUCAACUCAUAAUGCAAUAGAAGCCCAUGUAAACCAUGUUAUAAAUGUAAACCAAUUUUACAGCAUAAUUCUAAACAUACUCAGAAAUUGGGUGCACUGAAUUCUAUGAGAAUUAUUCCACAAUAAAUGUGUUUAGGAUUGCAGUCUUAAAUAUGUUUCAACUGCCAUGGCUUCCAAGAAUCCUAGGAACGUUAGCAUCUCUGACAGAAUUUUCAGCAGACUCAUUAAGCUUAUAAUUACAAAUGACAGCUUUCAGCAUAAGAUGUUUUAAACUACUGAGUCAUAAACAGAAGGUUAUGCCCUUUGUUGAUUAUAUAUUUCUUGAUGGGCAAAAUCUUGGCAAUAUAAUUUAAUUUAGUGUCUCCAUCCUGUUGUGGUUUACAUUCCCCCCCAUAGAUGCGCCAAAGAUUACACGCCUUCACAGUGCUGAUUUCCCCCCCUCCCUUUGUCACAAGGCUUUUAGUAGUGUUAAUUAUUGUUGGUCUCUGUUGCAGCUUGCUACCACUUACAAAUAAUAUCUGAAAAAUAUAAACUAGUUCUUUUAAUGCAAAAAAGUCAUUUAAAAAUAUGAAUAUUUUUAUAGGGGAGAAGUACAGAAUAUGCUGGAAAGAUUCGGAGGUAUGUUUUAGAAAAUACUUACAUACUGUCAGUUAAUAAAAUAGUUAUAUGGGAGAAGGGUCCUGCCCUUUUGUUUAAAAAUACAGGAUUGUUUCCAAGUAAGUUCUGCUCAGAGUAGACCAGUGAAAUAAAUGGAUAUGGCUAGCUUUAAUUUUAAUAGCUCUAACCUGGAAACAACUUAGUUGGAUAUAAACCAGUUUUUAAAAUAAAUUUUCUCUUUUUAGUCAUAUGAACAAAUUAACAAUUUACAUUCCAAACAUUAUUUCCUGUAGUAUGAUGGCAGGAGUGCAGUUUUGUCAUCUGUAGUACUUAAAUAGAUUGAUCAAUUGAUUACAUCAGAGUUGCAAUAACUUUGCCAAAGCAGAUGUGCCAAUGCAAACUUCAAGAUUAGGGUGCAGGUUAUCCAUGCCUGCUCAGAAAAAACUACUUAGAAAUUUCUAUGUCUUUGCUCUGGGUUUCACUCUCAUGUGAAGCAAAUUCUACUAAAAUAGACUGGCGAGGGCAAAAUGUGAUGGAACAUGGCCUUCAUUAAUCAGACAUUACUGGCAAGAUUCCAUCUUGUCUGUGUCCAUAUCAGUCACCUCCAUAGCAAGAACUUAGCUCUUCUCCACUUUCUGUAAUGAAGGGUGGUAGCUAACAAAGGAUGAUGCAAAAAGACUUCUUAGUUUGUCCCAAUGACAAGGACUGCAAUGCUUCUUUGAUCUAAUCAACUGACUUUAAAAGUAUCCCAAUUAACUGAGGAGCAGUUUUUAAAAAUAAAAAUAUAUAUUUUAAUACAAGUGCUUAUAAAAGCUACUGUAUGGCAAGAAACAGCUUAAAACAUAAUCUCCCUUUGGCAUGCUUAUUUCUUCUGAAAUGAUGCCAGCUACAACACAUGCACAUAAUCUAAAAACAAAUGUGUUUCUUCCUUCAGCUGUGUUUUUACCCAUAUGCACAUUUGAUUAAUCUAGUGAUUAAAGUGCAUAUAACUGAUCAACUAAUCUUUCUCUCAUGAGGUUUCAGUCCUCUUAAGGAUACACAGCAUGGCUACAGCUUAUGCAAUUUGAGCAUGGGCCACAAGCUUUCUGAAAGCCAUCUUGAACUUCAUGAAGUUUUGGAAUAUGUCUGCAAAUCAUGGAGCAUGAGUAAUACUGUACUUAACAGUGAAGAAAGGCAACUGCUUAACCAAUGCUGUAUUUUGCUCCUUUGAUAGUCUACUGUCUCUUAUUAGAGUUCUCUCUAAAGUUUUAGCCUCAAAAGGUACCAUGUUUUACAAAAGCACCUGCCUAGAUUGUUUGGUUAUGGGCUUGCUUGAAAAGGGCUUCAUGUAAGAAGAAUCCAAAUCUUUGGGCAGACUGGAUUGUGUCAGCCAGCUUCCGCUUAGUUUCUGUGUUUAUUGUGGGGUGUUAAAAGUGACCUUAUUGUUGAUGGCAAAAUACUUUACUGAUAGCUCAACACACUAUAAAAGCUGCCAUAUAAACACUGUAAUUUUAAUACAGCUUAUACUAGAUUCAAAAUCAGUUUGAGAAGAGGUCCCUGAAUUCAUGCAUUAAUUACUGUAGCCACUACUGUAGCCUAACAGGUGUAGUGUGUGAGACAUUCUAGCCUUUCUUUGCAAAUCUUAUAAAUCUUUACGUAUGUUUUAAGAUACAAUGCCUAAUGAUUCUUUGUCUUUCUGCAGCGGACAUUAACAAAGCUCUUCUGGCUAAAAGGAAAAGAUUAGAAAUGUACACGAAAGCUUCUCUCAAAACAAGCAACCAGAAAAUAGAACACGUUUGGAAAACACAACAAGAGCAAAGGUGGGGGUUAUAAUUAACACGAACAUACAUUGCACAUUUGUGGCAGAGAUUCAACCUGUGGCCCUCAGUCUGAUUCCAUGUAGGUAGGGAGAGCCAACAGGCAGAAAAGCCAAAAUGGAUGAAAGCAAUAAUAUAUGCAAGCGAUCAGAUCAGACCUGGGAAGAGCAAUCUAUCUUUCCCUCUCUUAGCAGCAUGUUAAACAGGGGAAGAGAGAAAUGGGGGUGUCAGAGAGGGUGGCCCUGCUCACUAUUGGCUCUGUUCCUGCCCACGAGCAGCAUGUGGCCCCCCAACAAGUUGUACCCCUCCCCUGGAAAUGUGACACUAGACCAAAAAAGGAUUUCCAUCCUGGACUUAGUGUCUGAGUUUUGAUUGUCUGUCUGGAUAUGAUUUCCUGGUAAUUUACUAUAGUAAAGGAGUUGGUUCCUAAUCAGAAUAUUUCAUUUUAGAAAGCAAAUUCUUUAAAAUAACAUUUAAGUUGCAUUCUUAAAGGUAAAGGGACCCCUGACCUCUUACACUAUUUAUUUGGAAGUUCACCUCACUGAACAUAAUUGGGCUUACUUGAAGUAAACAUGCAUAUGAUUGCAUUGUAAACCUACUUUAGAACAAUACUCUUCAAUGUUCUAUGGUGUGUUUUUUCCACAUUAGAUGGCCACCUUUCACCUUAGCUGUGUUCUCUCAAAUCUACCAACUCUUCCUUUUUUAAAGUUUGUGUGACUAACUGAAUGUUUUAGGUUCUCCAUCUUUCACCGAUGCCUUUACAGUUUAUAAAUCAAUGGUAUUUCAUGUUAACAUUCAAAAAUGCAUUAUUUCAGCUUGCAAAAUAUAUAUUUUAGGCAGAAGGUCCAACACGAAUAUUCUCAGCAGUUCCUGCAUGUAUUUCAACAGUGGGAUGCUGAUAUAAAGAAAUCUGAGGAACAGGAAGAAAAAUUAAUGGUUUGUUUUUCUUAACUUUUUGAAUAAUAAAUGUAAGUGCCUGAGGCUGAUAUUUCAUUCUCCUUAUACUGCAGUGUGGAAUGUUAAUAUUCACAAAACAGACAGGUAAUAUUCAGGGUUGCGUGUAGCCCUAGCUUUAGGAAAACAAUAUGCUCACAUAGGGUGAAGGAGAGCUAAGUAAAUUAGCAGAGUCCAAGUGCUGAUCAGUAAUAACAUCUCAGAUAUUAGGUCAAAAGAUAAUGUUACGCCAUAGUUAGUAGAGCCAAUGUUUCUGCACUGUGAUCAAUCUGUUCCUUAAAUAAAUAUACACUGAAUAAGCUUGCAGUGGUAAGCAACAACAAUACGUUCAGUGGAAGAUAAGCAUCCAGUUACUACUAUAAGUUACCCAUUGUUUAUGGCAGCAUAUAAAUGUAAAUAAAUAGCAAGUGAAAGCAAGAAAACCUUGCCAUUGGAAACAAUUUGACAUGUAAAAACUAUACACCAUUUUCUUAGAAUUUCUUUCUUUUUUUGUUCAUUCCCUGACCUGAAUGCCCCUGAAAACCCUAUAUGAAUUUACAGCAAAGGCUUAGAAAUUAAUUUAAGAAUAUAUAUACACACAUACACUUAUGGUAAUAACUGAUGGCUGGUGCCUACUGGGAGUAGUUGAGUGGAAAUAAAGGAAACCAACAGUAAGUGGACCUAGAGCAAACUAAUUCUAGUUUUGUCCCUAACCUUUUCCUUUCUGAAUCCUACACAGGCCAGGGUGCAGCAGCAGCAGUCAUGGACUGGAUGUAGGCAAGGCAGAUGGGGCAAACUGAAGUUGGUGAAGCAGUGCCCCAUUUGUCUUAGCGUACCAGAUUUGGCUAUGCUUACAGUUUACAAUUAGUAACAAUGUGAUAAAGCUUUAUUAUAUGAAUAUUUAUUCCUACAUUUAUUACAGCCUCUUUUUCCUUCCUUAGAACCUGUUUCGGCAACAACAAAAAACUUUCCAACAAGCAAGAAUAGUUCAGAGUCAAAGACUGAAAACAAUUAAGCAGCUGUAUGAGCAAUUUUUGAAGGUAUAUUAAAAAACAACCAUUUGAUCAAGUUUGUUAUUAAAAGUGCAUUGUUAUUUUAGUUUACAGUAUAUUAAAACAAAGGUUGUGUGAGAAGGCAGCUUCCACCACUGGUUUUCUCUUCCCCUCCUACCUACAUCUCCCAAAACCUCUUUCCAGAGGGUCUAGAUGCCCUUCUGCACAGUGGGGUCUGUCUCAUACAGGCCUGUGAUGGGCCAGGAGGAUUUGCCUGAAAUUUCACCAGCUUUCUUAGAGGGUUUUUUGGAGGGUACAGAAGGAAGGGAAGAAAAAGAAAACCUGUUGCAUGAGCUGCUUUCUGCUCAUAGAACUGCUGGAUACAAACAAACAUCCUGUGCUGUCCCUGCUGCUAAUAUGGCAAGAUCUGCAGUGGCAUACUAUCUAUACAUUUAUGCUUAAAAAUAAUUGCAACUACUACUUAAACUUUAACUUCAUGUUGCAUCAAUUCUGCUCUGUUUCCACUUGAUUAUUUGACACCUAAUAUGCAUUGCAUGAAGAGUAGCAUGAGCAUCAACUGAAUACUGCCCCAGCAGUACUGUUGAUCUCCUCUGUGAUGAGAGACAGCAUGGCUACAUCUUAUUUUCAUAGUUGGACAAAACACACAUAUACAGUGGUACCUCGGGUUAAGAACUUAAUUCGUCCCAGAGGUCCGUUCUUAACCUGAGGUGUGCUUUUGCUAAUGGGGGCCUGCUGCGCCGCUGGCACGCGAUUUCCGUUCUUAUCCUGGGGCAAAGUUCUUAACCUGGAGCAACCACUUCCUGGUUAGCAGAGUUUGUAACCCAAAGCGUCUGUAACCUGAGGUACCACUGUAAUGCUAACCUUGUCAAGCCUCUACAUUUACAUUUGUACAUGCAUAGAUGUUAUAUGGGUUAGUAAUAUCAUUGCUUUGUAGACUCCUUUGUCAUCUCGUUGGCAAUUCCUGUAGGGCAGUUGAACAAUAUAUUGUUUGGAUAAGCAGUGCGAAGAAUAGAAAACUAGUCCAGAUGAACUCUUACCAGUUAGCAUAAUUACUUCUCAAAAUUUUGUUGUGUUUAGGCUACUACCUUUGCCAUUGCUAGCCACUCUGGUAAUUCAUGGCCAUUCCUUGACUUCUAAAAUGUAACAAAAUUUCUGGGUGUAAACCAGUAACAGAUUUUCAUGAAGCUGCUAUCUGAUUUUAGAGUAUGGAAGACAUGGAGAAGACUCAUGAAAGUCUUUUAGUAGGUGCACAAAAUGAGCUUCGGAAGGAAAUGGCUAUGUUGCAAAAGAAGAUCAUGAUGGACACUGUAAGUGUUAAUACUGAUUUAUGGAAAAUUUCAGUGACAUUUUAAAACAACAUUUAAAUAGAAAAAUUAAACAUUUACCAUUUAUAUUCAGCAAGUCAGAACACUAUGAUACAAAAUGUUACAUUUGAUCAGCAUUUUUUUCUCUCUUAACAGCAACAGCAAGAGAUGGCAACUGUUCGCAAAUCUCUUCAGUCCAUGUUAUUCUGAUGGCUCAGUGGAGAAACAACUUGUACCUAAGUAACAUGAUACAAUUAUAUACAUUAGCCAUAUGGGGAGGAAGAGCCAGUAUUUUAAACGCCAUAUUAAAAAUUGCUAUAUUUGAAUACCUUACAUUCAGCUCUGAUAUCAAAGAAACCGACAGCUCAUUGCUGCUUAGCAACAGGAUAUGCUAAAUUUUUUUCCCCUGUGUCUCUCAAAGUAUUCUUAAUGGUUUUUAAUUUGCAUCAAUCUUUUUUCACCUCUUAAAUUCAGAAUCUAGAUCCCAGGGUUAAGGUACCUUUUUGAAAGUUCAAGAUACUUAAUGUUGUUUAACUGUCUGACAGACUGUUAUUAUCAGAGUGUUUGGUACAAAAACAAAUUGCAUGUACUAUGGGAUUCAAGGCCUUAUUAAAAAUUGUGUACUUGCAGCAGAACUAUAUAAAAUGUUUCAGGUUGCUACCAAAAAAAUGUUUCAUUCUUAUAUACCAACCAGAGUAAUAUGUCUUAAUCUGAAAGUUGAAGGAGAUGCAUAAGAACUUCCUUAUGAUUAUAAAAUAAAAUAUACAUGUUGCU